GCUCGGAUCCACGUGCCUGGUGCGUGUGUGCGCGGAUGCCCUCUCCCUGUCGCACCGUGCAUUGCUCGCACCAGGCGUUGGGAUUUCGAUCCGGGGUUUUUCGGUGUUUUACGUUCAUCCGUCUCCACACAAAAUAACGACGUGUAGAUGAGAGAAGAACGAAACCCGCACGCAGCAGCUAGCGCUACUACUAGCGAGCCAGUGUGUUAGCAAGACGAAGAACGGCAGUGUGUGCAGUUUUGUACGGAUAAUAGACACAACCGUGGGCAUAUUCGUAUGUUGUUUUAUUCCCUGCCCCCCACUUUCCUGCACCGUAGAUGAUAUGGAUGUGUAGUGUUUUUUUCUUUCGCUUUUUUCGUUGAAGGUGUACAUUCUUGUGACAAUACAAUACAAAAACACGGUGUGUGCACCGUUGGAAAGUUUGCAACACUUGCAAGUGAGCUUUGUGCAGUAGGCGCGCGUCGGUGUGUAUGUAUGCGGCCGUAAAGGGCAAAAUUUGGCAAGAGAUCGUGAAUUCCAGCAUUCCCCGUAAGCACCUCACUAGUAGUGUGCGUGCGUGCGUAUAAGCUGAACCCCGUACGUUUGCGUGUGUUUACCUGUGUGAGUGUGUGUGUGUGUGUGAACGAGCGCGAGAGGUAGAGAUACACGGCAUUGAAGAUAGAGGUGGCGCACGGUAAAUAAUAACGCAAACAAGAAGAAAACAACCUUGGCUGUUGUGUGUGCGGGGUUGUGAGUAGUGUGCGUACACAAGAGUGUGUGUGUUGGUGUGCUAUUGGUAGUGCUACACUAAAGCAAUAAUAAUAGGUGAAGUGUUGGCAGGAAAUUAUCGCAAACCUUCAGUACUUCAUCAUCCGUUGUAUUUAAGCAACGCAUGCUGUGACACGGAAAAAAAAGAAGAAAAAAAAACAACAUCAUCCUUUGGAAUUCGGUGUUAGCAGAUUGGAAGCGUGAAGAAGAGUUGUCACUUUUUGCGAAGGAAACGAAGAAGAUAGGGGGAGUGUUGGUAAAGUAAGAGCAAAGUCGGUAAGGAAAGUGAGUCUCGUGUUAAUGUGCGGUGGUAAGGUGGUGUCUUCCAUCGGAGAUCAGCGCAACAGCAUCUUCAGCUGGGCGAGAGAGUGUUGAUAGCUCUUCGGUGUAAAAAGUGCCGUGACAACCGUGUUUUUUGUGCUGCCAACAGUUCAUAGUGUAUCUGCGAUUACAUUGUUUUUUUUCCGGUUCAAAGUUCCUCGUUUUUAAUGUUGGUGUUAUAAAAUUUCCAUAGUGUACUGUCGUAAGUGAUAUUACAAGGCUAUUAUGAUUACGUGAAGCGUUUGACAGUUCCGACGUAUCUGGAAGAGAAGAAUUGAGUGAAAGAAAAUUUCCCAAAACAAAGUAACAAAGUAGUCUCUACGGGUUCUUUUUGAUCUUGGAUCUGGAAACAAAAAGCCCGUUGGUGCAAAGGAAACCUAUACACACACACGAGCCAACUCGUGUGUGCGCAUCAGAAGAAGGCACACGCCGGUGGGGGGGGGGGCAGUAGGUGGUGUCUGUUUUGAGCCCUCGCACGUGGACGCACCGAGAAAUGUCAUCCGCGGCACCGGUAACGGUGAAACAGGAGAGGCAUGAUGAAGCCGAAAUUAAGGAGAUGGCGGCUAAGAUAGUGGAGGCACAUAAGCAACAGUCGGCAAAGGCGGCAGCGGCCGCAGUACAGCAACAACAAGUGCCGGCCCGACCGGCGGCAGUAAAUGCCACAGUAACGGCUAACGGUGUUACACCCGGCCAGACAAACAUACUGAACUAUUUGACGCGCAAACCGACCAACGCAACCGGGGUGAACGCAACCGGGGCAGCUAAUGUAAUGGCGGGGACGGCAGGCGGAGCUACCACCGUCGCUUUGCCGCUGGGCAGUGGCCAAAGCGUGGCGUCCAAUGGCAGUGGCAAGGCGUACGAUGGGGGUGGAUCGGAUGUGAAUGGUAGCGGGGAGAAGAAGGCAAACGACGAAGAAAGUCAGAAGGGCCACUUCGGUUGGGAGGUUUUCCCGGCCAAGGUGUACAUUCCGUUCAUCUUGCGCCAGCAGGAACGCUACUGUGCGGUGCGCAUGGUGGAGAUGAAGCUGCUGAACAAGUAUCUGAACUACCUGCACCAGGAUAUCUAUACGUGCACCUGCGUCCGGUCGUACUACAUCACCGAUGCCGAGUGUAAGCUGCUGAACGAAAUCAACCAGAAGCACAGCGACAUGCAGUUCGGUCGCGAGCUAUUCACGCUCAAGGACCUGGUCGUCCGGGUGUCCGAUGCGUACAAAUUCUAUCAGUUCCUGGAGGUGUGCUACAAGAAGCUGCUGAUGGGUUGCAGUACACCGAACGACAAGUGUGGCUUUAUCCGCAUCAACAAGGAAUCGGUCGUACCGUACACGGUGCGCGACUACCAGAAGAUGGUGCCACUGUUCUACUUCGAGGGUGAAACGGACAACCUGAAGCUGAAGGCGGACAAUCUGUCCGGGUGGGAUCUAUCGUACCUGAAGUUCUGCUGCAAGGUGCAGGGCAUUCGGAAUGAGCUGUUCGCAAGCGAUUCGGUCGCGGUGAUCAGUCUGACCGACAUCAAGGGUUACUUUCCACCCGGGACGGAGUUUGAGGACUACUGGCCGAGCAAGGUCGUCGAUUCGCAGCUACUGUCCGGACCGAAGAGCAACACCGUCCACUGGACGCGACAGCCCGCUCAGCCACCACCGAAAACUCCGGCCAUGAUGAACAGUGCGCCCGCACGGAAGGGCACCAGCAACGUCUACCAGACGCUGCAAACGCAACAGAAUCUUGCCAAAACCAACAACCAAAUGAACAGUAUUACAGCCGCUGUACAGGCCCUUACCAACAACUGGAAUAUGGUGCCAUCGAACCAUCCCAACUUGCUAUCCGCCCAACAGGAACAACUGUUACGACUAAGUCAAGCCCAGCAGGCGGCCCAGGCUCAGGCACAGAUACGCAACAUCCAAAAUAUGCACUCGAUGCAGCAGUACAACUCCUCCCUGUACAAUGCGGCCAUGUCACUGACAUCUCGAUCGUCACAAAAUCAACAAGUACCGCCACCAUUGGUUCGAUCGGCACAGGUUCAAGCUCAUCUGUCGAGUGGUGGCAGUGGCGCAUCCUCAGUCCCUCGUUCGAGCACGAACUCCGGUAGUAGUGGGAAUGGCAAUACCUUACCGAACCUAAACCCCGCUCUGUCCAUAUUCGCAACCACCAGUAGUCCCAACGGCACUGUUAACCUAUCCCGCUUGAAUCAGCAACAGAUAAGCGAGCUUACGAUGGCCAGUGCGUCCGGAAUGGCGAACCCCGGGGGCGGCAACAACAGCCGUUCAGCAACCGCGAAGACUGGUACGAAUCGAAACGCAGCUAGUACUGCUGCAGCAAUUGCUUCCUUUACUGCUGCCAUGACGUGUGGCAGACAGAAUACCACCAGCAAUCUGGACGGAUUUUCAUUGGGACGUAACGUAACGAUCACACCGGCGGCCAAACGAAGUGCCAGCACGCUGGAAGAGUUCGCUGUACGAACAAAUGUCGCUGCUUCGCUAGCCGCCGGGUACGGUGGUGUUGGUGCAAAUGGCAGACUGCAGUCGGUAGCGUACCCGAAGAAUCCAAUCUCAAUCACGGCUGUACCGGUUGGUUCACCGACGCGUGCCUCACCGAAGGGCGGCCAGGCAAGGCAACCGCCACCGGCCUUGAUACCGGUCGGUAGUGGUAACGAGCUGAUGGAUAACUACGUUACCAACGGUGUCGAUCUGUUGGCCCAUCUGCGGUUAAGCAAGGAUAUCGAGAUCAUAAAUGAGCGAAUGUUGGAAACGACGAAUCGUAGCGGUGACAGUAAUCACCGGCACGGGAAAAGCGGCAACAGCGGCAAACAUUUACCAUCGUACCGGGAAAGCACCACCAACAGCAGCAGCGCCACUGGCUCUGAAGUAGUUCCUCAGAGCGUUAUAGUACACGAUAGAAGUAGACCAAAUAGUAGUAGUAGUAGUAGCAGGGUUGAGUAUACGAGAAAUCAGAGUGUUAUCACUAGUGCUGGCGGCAGGCAGGUGGCCGGCGCUGGUGGAGACAGUGAGUUUGGUGGCAUCGGUACAGGUGUCAGUGACGGAAGAUCUCCCUACUUGAAUGCACUGAUUGCAGCGGGAUUGUCGGAUGUAAUCGAUCUAUCUUCUACCCAAAGGUCUAGCAUGGCAGGAGCGCAGCAUUUGGUUCAGCAAGCGGCUGCGGCAGCAGUUGCCCAACAGCAGCAACAGCAGCAGCAGCAACAGUCGCAAUCUGGACGACGAUCGGCUGCUUCCAGCUCGGUAUCGAUCGGUGGACGAUCGGUUUCGAUCAGCUCUACGGGUGGCAGCGGUAAUGGAGCCAGUGCUGGAGCAAACAGUUACCGCAACUCUAGUGUCGCCGCGAUACAGCAGCAACUGCAGCAGCAAGCACAACAGCAGCAGCAACAGCAAGCACAGCAACAGCAGGUGCAGCAUCAGCAGCAUGCGGCGGCAACUGCAGCGGCAGCGGCGGCCAUCAACAGUCUGGCGGCGGAAACACGGCACGGCAACAUGAUCGUACUGCCGGAGAUGAAUGUUGGUGUCACGCAGUACAAACCGUACGAGGUGGUGAAAAAACCGGUCGAAAACAAGAUCAUCUACUGUGUGAACAAAACACCGUACCGGAACACGGAGUAUCUGAUGACCAUAUUCGAUCUGAAGGAUGUGUUCUUCCCGUACAUCAGUUUGGAUGUGUGCCGGCGUGUGUUGAGCGCACUGGACAUAAGUCUGUUCGUGGGCAACAGCUUACAAUAUCAGGCACUGCAGGAAGCGGGACGGACGAACGUGGACAAAAUGCCGAUGAUUCAGGUGACGGACGUGAUGACGUACAUGCCGCAGUUGCAGUACAUGAUCCGCAGCAGCAACAUGAACCAGGAAACGCAGGCCAAUAAGCGGGCCCGCAUCAGCUAGGAA